AUGAGUGCGCAGCUCCGGGCAGCUGGGGCAAUUGCCCCCGUCGUCCGUCGCGGCACUGUUCGUGCCAUCCGCCAGUUCCAUCAGCUACCCACUGGCGGCAUCCAACGAGCCGAGAUUGCAGCCCGCGGCUUCCGGAGGUCAGUGCAGUUUCCGGCAAACGCCUACCACAAUGCAGUCAUCGUCCGGAACGCCUCCUUCGCCCGCUUGCUGCCGAAGCUGGCCAUCAAGUUCAUCAGGAUCCCUGCCCUCUUUGGCGGCCUGAUGAUUGGUGCUGUGGGCUGGAUACAGUAUCAGGCCAUUCAGGUCAGUAAUUCUGCCCAGGAGAUGUACGGCAACAUGAAGAAUACGGUUACGGCCACGGCGUCAAGUUUGUGGGGGGGGGCGAGAGAUAUCGCUGCACAGACAAAGCGCGGCUGGGAUAGCAAAAAGGAGCAGUUUGAGAUGCCUGAAUGGCUGGACAAAAUCAUGCGAGGCGAAGGCGAAUCUGGCGAUGGCAGAAGCGGUUCAGGUGGACCAGGCGGCCCGGAGCCGCCCAAACAGAGCGGAGUAGGGGGAGUCGCUGCGGCUGGAGCCUCAGCAGCAGCAUACGGGUACGACCAAACCGACGGCGAUGACCGGACUCCCGAGGAAAUACUGAAGGACGACCACAUGAUGUACAUCACCAAAAAGAUGAUCGAGAUCCGGAACCUUCUGCAGAAGGUGGGCCAGUCGAGCAGUGUCACGUUGCCAUCCAUCGUCGUGAUUGGGUCGCAAUCAUCAGGGAAGAGCUCUGUGCUGGAAGCCAUCGUGGGCCACGAAUUCCUCCCAAAGGGAAGCAACAUGAUUACUAGGCGCCCCAUCGAGCUCACCCUUGUGAACGACCCGGAAGCAAGGGCGGACUAUGGCGAAUUCCCUGAUCUCGGUCUUACCAAGGUUACCGAUUUCUCCAUGAUUCAAAAGACGCUCACGGAACUCAACCUAUCUGUACCCGAGUCGGAGUGUGUCACGGAUGACCCCAUUCGGCUCACCAUCCACUCGCCGAGGAUACCAGACUUGUCUCUGAUCGACCUGCCCGGAUACAUUCAGGUAGCAGGGGAGAACCAGCCCCGGGAGCUAAAGCGCAAAAUCUCGGAGCUCUGCGAUAAGUACAUCCGAGGCCCUAAUAUUAUCCUGGCCAUCUCAGCGGCCGACACGGAUUUGGCAAAUUCAACUGCGCUUCAGGCAAGCCGUAGAGUCGACCCAAGAGGAGAGCGGACGAUUGGUGUCAUCACCAAGAUGGAUCUGGUCGAGCCUGAAAAGGGGUAUGCGAUUCUGAGCGAUAGGCAGUAUCCGCUCCGGUUGGGUUAUGUCGGGGUAAUAUCCAAGCUGCCUGCGCAAACCGGGCUCUUCAGGAGGGAGACCGGUAAUCUCUUGGCAGGCAUCAACCGGAACGAGAAGGCUUAUUUCAACUCCCACCUACCCGAGUUUGGUCCUGAUGCCGGCGUAAAUACGGGCACGAUAACACUUCGAAAGAAACUGAUGCAAGUUCUGGAGCAACAAAUGUCUUCCAGGCUGCAGGAGACGACCGAAGCUAUUCAGCGGGAGCUCGAAGAGACGACAUAUCAGUUCAAGGUGCAGUACAACGAGCAGCCCAUGAGUGCAGAAGCGUACUUGGCGGCAAGCCUAGACGAAUUCAAGCACCAGUUUCACGAUUUCGCCUCAAGUUUUGGGCGAGCCCAGCUGCAAGGCCUGCUCAAGGACGCACUGGAUCAGAAAGUCCUUGAUCAGCUUGCCGCCAGGUAUUGGAAUAGGCCGAUUGAAGAUCUCUCGGUCGCUCCGCAUGAACCUGACAGCAUUGCCGACCUACCAAAAGCCGACCCAAAUUCUCCUUACUGGCAUCGCCAGCUCGACACGGCGACCUCCGCCCUCACCAGACUCGGAGUUGGCCGUCUCGCAGCAACCGUAGCGGCCUCGGCCGUCCAGUCCAACAUUGACAAGCUCCUUGACAAGUCGUCCUUUGCUAAGCACCCCUCAGCCCGCAAGGUCGUCAGCGAAGCCGCGUCUACGGUGCUUGCUGACCGAUCCUAUGCCACUAGCGACGGCAUUGAGAUCUCGCUCAAGCCGUACAAGUUUGACCCCGAUAUCCAGCCGCAAGAAUGGGCACAGGGUAGGGAACAUGUUGUCGGGCUCUUGCAGACGGAACUAGAACAAUGCCAAGCCGCGAUGAAGAGCCUUGAGAACUCGGUAGGGGGCAAGAAGAAGCUCAAAGAAGUCAUGGGCUUCGUCGACAAGGCGAAAAAGGGUGAGAUCAUUGUCGAGGGUGACCAUCCUAGUGGAGCAGGCGGUUUCAGCGCAGCAUUACUCACGAGGGGCCGGGAAGCCGUCUUCCUCCGUGACCGCGCCGACAUCAUCAACAUGCGCAUCCUCGCCGCCAAGUCGCGCAAGUGUAAGUCGCUCGAGAACAAGUACUACUGCCCAGAGGUUUUCCUCGACGCCGUCGCCACCAAGCUAGCCCAGACGGCGGUGCUGUUCCUGAACGUCGAGAUGCUCAACGACUUUUACGUCCGUUUCCCGCGCGAGGUCGAGGCCAAGCUGCACGAGCACAUGGCGGCGGGCGGCCUGGAGCGGUUUGCCCGGGAGGAUCCCAAAGUGAGACGGCAUCUGGAUCUGAUUCACCGCAAAGAGCUGCUCGAGCUGGUGCUCGCCAAGAUUGAUGAGUUGCAUCGCUUUGACGGAGCUGGGGGUGUUGGGAAAGGGUUGGCAGACGCCGGUAGGCGGAAGGGGAGGAGAGGGAUCUUUUUAUGAGCUUCUCCGUUCUUGAGGUUAGGGACUCUCCAGCAUCAGAGAGGAGGAGCGAGAAGAGGGGGAUUAGGGGGGAUUGCAUAGCUUGGCUUGUCGGGUGGUUUGUUCUCCGGAAUAGGCGGCAUGGCGUUACUGAGGUACUGAAAGGGGAUUCUGGUGGCGCGUUCGCUUUUUGUUGGUUGCUCUUGCUUCUCCUUUGUAAUGUUGGGUUUGGGAUCAUAGAAAUGUAUGGCAGAUGUGUAUAUACACUGACGCUGCCUGGAAUACCCCUCUCGAGUUUUCAAUACAUUCAGUUCUUGGAAAUGUUUUGGAGGUACCUGGCAUGCGGUGCAAUACGUCGAGUUGCAGCGAACCAAACUG